ACCUCAAGCUCAAGUGCCUUCUAGGAUAGCACCUCCAGCAGCUCCAGCUCCUACACCAGAGACCAGCACUCCAAUGCUGACUGAAGAGGAGGAUGAAUACCAGCGCAGGAGUGUCUCUGAUGCCAAGAAGAUUUUCACCAAGACUGAGGAGGUUCCAAGACCUCCACCACCCAAAAUGCAGAAGCCUUCCAAGCCUAUAACUGUGCUCUUCAGGCCUCAAGAACCAUCUCCCAGACAUGUGGAGCCACCAUCUUCAAGAGUGGAGCCCAAGAGAACAGCUCUGUACAUGCCACCAAGCGAGCCUAUCAGGCCACCACUUCUCUCUCCAGUCACCACACAGGAGCCGACAUUCCCCCCGAAACCAGCACCGCCUGCUCCCAGAGCAAGGGUGCGUAAACCCCCUUCACCUGUAGAACCAAAACCAAUCAUCCUGAGACAAGAGCCUCCACCAGAAAGGGCUGACCUGCACAUUGUCACAGAAUCAUAUGAUAUCAGUGACUAUCAGGACAUUGCAGUGAAGGAGUAUAUCAGGCGGGAGGGUGAAGCACCCCCAGUUGAGGAUGUCUAUGACAGAGAGAAGCAGAAACCGGCUCUCUUCAAGACACAGAUCCAGGAUCUGUACUUGAAGGAAAAUGAUGCUGCUCACUUUGAAUGCAAGCUCCUACCCUACGGUGAUCCCACCAUGAAAGUAGAGUGGUUCAAGGACAACGAACCACUUCAUUAUGGCACCCGCUAUGAACCAGCCUAUGACUUUGGCUUUGUGACCCUGAAUAUACUGUGGAUGUAUCCAGAAGACUCUGGUGUCUAUGAAUGCCGAGCCACUAAUGCUUAUGGGAUAUCAACAACAUCAGCCAGGGUUGAAUGCAGACCUCUCCGUUCUGUCAUCUUGGACUCCCAGCUGCCUGAAGAGGGUGCUGCCAAGUUGUUGCAGAUGGAAGAACAUUGGAGAAGUCACAUGAAUGUGGAGGAGAGAGUAAUUGAGGAACCCAAGAUCAAGUCACCACCAAGCAUAGAUCUCAAGCCUGAGCCAGUGGAAACCGAAGAGGGAGAACCUGCCAAGUUCCUGGUAAAAGUCAGUGGCUACCCACGGCCCAGAGUCAGCUGGUGGAUCAAUGGCAGUCUCAUUGUUGGGAGCACUCGCUUCAAGGUGACCUAUGAUGGCAUGAUGCAUUACUUGGAGAUACCUCGCUGCAGAGAAUAUGAUGCCGGCCAGAUUAGAGUUGUAGCUAAGAACUCAGAAGGAGAGCAAGAAGUCAGCACAUCCCUUAUUGUACUGCCCAAAGAAGACCUGAGAGCCCAUCUGAAGCAAGCUCCCAAAGAAGAAAUUGAGAUUGACAUAGAGCGACACAGGAGGACUGAACUACGCACUGCAGAGUUGGAUCAGGCACUGAAGAAACCUAAAGCCACAGAGUUUGAGCUUCGACAGCUAGAGAAAGCUGUAGAAUACAGGUACAGAGUACAGAAGGACACAGAGGUUGUGAUGGCUGAGCAGCAGUACAUCAGUGUGCACUCCCAGCUUCGCCACAAAGAUGGGGCUAUUAUCUCAGAGCCGCUCCACGUAGAGAGGGCCAGGCUGGUGCCGGUGUCACAGGCACCUCCAGGAGUGGAUAGGCAGUUGAUGGAAGAGCAGAUAACUCUCCAGAGAGGGGAGCCACCAGUUUUCACCAAGCCCCUGCGUCCUGUCAGAGUACCUGAAGGAAAUUCAGUCACAUUGGAGGUUCACUUCACUGGUAUACCACCCCCUGUCAUCACCUGGUACAGGGACAGCUUUGAAAUCCAACCAUCCAGGGACUUCCAGAUCUCCACCACAGAGUAUUCCAGCAGCCUGCACAUUCCAGAAGUGUUUGCAGAAGAUGCUGGUCUCUUUACUGUCAAGGCAUACAACAAGUUUGGCCUGGUUCAGUGCAAAGCUAAACUCACUGUGGAUGAAAGUGAAAUAAAAGAGAGGGAAGUCCCCCCAGAGUUCAUUAGUCUGACCAGAGACACCAAAGCUAUACAGGGAGAACCUGUCACAUUUGACUGCCAAAUUACAGGCACACCUCCACCUCAGGUUUACUGGACAAAGGAGGGACACCCUCUGCCAGACUCCCCAAGAUGGAAGUUCAUCACAGAAGGCAAUAACUACACACUAGUGAUCUACGAAGCACAACCAUUGGAUGCUGGAGUGUAUGCCUGUGUUGCUGUUAACACUGUGGGCAAGGCCACAUGUACAGCUAGACUUACAGUGGAGAAACCUGAGAAACCUAUUCAGCCAUCAACACCAGACCGACCUCAAGAGGCAGCCAUAGAGCCACCUUAUGUAGUGGAGGAGCCUCAGAUGGUUGAUGUUGAAGAAGGGGAACCGGUACACUUUACCUGCACCAUCAAAGGAAAACCACAUCCAGUAGUGACCUGGUAUCGCAACAACCAGCUGGUGAAACCAUCCAAGUACUUCCGCAUGGACUCCACCACAGAAGGUGUUCACACUUUAACCAUCAUGGAGGCCUUCCCAGAAGACACUGGCACCUACAAAUGUGUGGCCAGAAACAAAGCUGGAGAAGUCUCAGUUGUGACCUACCUUAAAGUUCAUGGCGUUGAGAGUGAGCCUGAACCUAGCCAACUUGAAGCCUUUGCUCAACCACCCAGCUUCAUUCGACCAAUCAGCAACACAAUGGUGACAGAAGGCACACCUGCUAAGUUUGAAGCUGUCUUCUCAGGUGUGCCCACCCCAGAGAUUACUUGGAUCAGGAAUGGCAUUCAGACGCUCCAUGACUCCAGAGAGUACAAGAUUGAGACUAUUGACCGUCUGACCAAUCUGACCAUCUACAAAGCUCACCCAGAAGACACCGGUAUGAUCACUUGCCGAGCCAAGAACAUCGCAGGCACAGCCGAGUGCUCAGCCGAGCUGUAUGUGCAAG